UUGAAUAUUUCCAGUAUCACUCUCUCGAAUUCUGAGACUUCACUUCUUUCCAAGGGCCUCAAUUUCUGCCCUACUUCACGUGAAGUCAAUGAUCAACAAAUAAGAGAGGACACUAGAGCAUUCUUCUGCCGACUACGGCUUAAGGAACAUUUCUCCUGCAAGGACUCCAAAGAUAACAGCGCCUCUCCAUCUCAAGAUGCAAUUGACAUUUUAGAGAAGCAUCCUCUCUACAGACCCAAAAGCACCUGGGAACCACCUCCAGGCAAAUGUGGAGCUUUGGAGUCUUACAUUGAGGCGGUCGAGGAAGAAAUAAACAAAAUCCUUUUAAAGCCGGAUUUAACCCGAGAUAAUCUUAGCAAAGACGAAAGGUCGGCAUUGCAAACAUUAAAAAAUCGGGAUAAUAUUGUCAUUAAAAAAGCAGACAAAGGUUCUACUGUUGUUUUUAUGAACAAAGACAAGUACCCAAACGAGGCUCAUAGACAGCUCUCAGACGAACGCUUUUACAAAAAGUUACAGUCUGACCCCACCGAAGAGUUCUCUACCAAGAUCACCGAAACCCUCCAACAAAUGUACAGCAAGGGCGAGAUCGGUGACAAUGUUUUGGGAGCGCUUUGUCCUAACAACUGUACACCAGGACUAUUCUAUCUACUGCCUAAAAUUCACAAAAAGACAUGUCAUGCCGUCCUAUAGUCAGCGCCAUCGGAUAUCCCAAGGAGAAAAUCUCUGAAUUCAUUGAUUUACAUCUCCGUUAGCACGUAGAAGAUUUACCAUCAUACUUGAAGUACACCACUGAUUACCUUAAUAAAACACCCUCAUCGGGCCUGCCAGACCAUACCCUCCUUGUGACCAUGGAUGUUACUUAACUUUACACUAACAUUCCACAUGACGAGGGUAUCGAGGCGUGUAGAGAGGUUUGGAACAAUAGGGUAAUUAAAUGUCCUUCAACUGAAUCACUCAUUCAGCUUCUUGAACAUGUCCUCAAGUUCAAUAACUUCAUAUUCAAUGGUGAACACUACCUGCAAAGAAGUGGCACAGCUAUGGGAACAAAAAUGGCACCAUCGUAUGCCAACAUCUUUAUGAGGAGACCGGAACGUAGACUUCUACAUUAUUCACCAGUUAAACCCCUUAGUUGGCUACGUUUUAUAGAUGACAUUGAGUUGAAGUGGGUUAACGGUCGUGAAAGCCUGGGCGAUUUUAUCGAGAUGGCAAACUCUUUCCAUAAUUCCAUCAAGUUUACUGUGGAAAUUUCCACCUCAAAUAACACUUUUUUGGAUACCACAGCCAUAUUUAGAAACGGGGAAAUUGAGUUUAAUCUCCACACCAAACCCACUGACUCUCAUUUAUACCUUAUGACAUCUAGUUGUCAUCCACCCCACACUUUCGAAGGUGUGCCUAAGGGUUUAGCUACGCGAAUCCGCCGCAUCUGCUCUACUCCUUCUAUUUUCCAAGAACAAGGAACAAUCCUCAAAACUCAUCUCACUAACAGAGGAUAUGAUCCUUGCAAGGUACAAUCCGCGAUUGAUGAGAUGUCACUACAGGACCGACAGUCCCUCCUCCAGUAUAAAGAAAAACCUCAGAAUGACAGGGUUCCAUUGGUCAUUACGUAUCAUCCCGCCCUCAAGAACAUCAACGGUAUUCUGAAAAAACACCUGCCCAUUCUGCAUGCCAACAAACGAAUGGCUGGUGUUUUUAAGGAACCACCGAUGGCAUCCUUUAGACGCCCCAGAAACCUGAAGGACAUGCUAGUAAGGACCAAACUGGAUAACCCUUUACCCAAUGGAGGUUUCAAAACAUGUUCAGACCUCAGAUGUCAAUUAUGCAAAUAUAGCUCAGACACUGAGGGUUUCAGCAGUCCUAUCACGGGUCGCAGUUAUAAAAUAUUGGGAAACUUUUCCUGCAAAACCAAUAACUGCAUCUAUCUAAUCAGUCACGAUGUCUGCCAGAAGCAGUACACAGGAGAAACAACAGACCUUCGCAGACGGGUCAACAACCACUGGUCCUCCAUCAGAACCAAAAAAGAUUUGCCAGUAGCAACACAUUUCAAUGGCAAUAACCACCGAUGGGAGGACAUGACAGUAGUGGUUAUUGAUCAUGACCCUAGUUGGUCAGAUACAGAAAGAAAGCAGAAGGAAAAAUUCUGGAUGCACAGGUUGAAGUCAUUUCAACCGCAUGGUAUCAACAAACCAACUGACUUCACCAGGAUGAAUACGGGCUAAACCCCUUCUAGAUUUUAAGCUUCAUCUACCUACUCGUCUGAUCAUGUCCCUAACAGUGGUACUACAUGUAUGGCCAUUAUUUAACAGAUUUUUUUCUUUUCAAUUCUGUUUACAAUCAGCCCACCCCCUAUGACCUUCAUAACCGAUUACUUACAUUGAAAACCCAUUUAUAAGUUUCCGUGAUUCUAUGUUUUUUGCACGUCUACCCAUGGGCAUGAUCAGUACGGGAAUGUCUGAUGUUGAUUCAAUUUCCUAGGCUGCCUAUUCUUUGGUUUUGUUUGGAGUUGGUCCACUUUGUUUACUUAUUCAAACUUGUUAAUUAAAUUAUCUUUCUCUCAAAUUCUGUUCAUUUGUUAUUUCAUUUUAUAGUGUUCAUUCAUUUACAUAGUUUAUUUUUAGGUUUUUUUAAUUGUUUGUUUGGUUUUGUUGUUGUUUGUGUGUGUUGAUGUUUUUUCUUAUUAUCUUUUAUAAAUUAUUUAUUCUUAAUGCAUAGUUAAAAUAGAAUCUCUCUGGGUACGAAUUAGCUUUACUAUUUGUAACGUAAUUGGGUUAACUCGUUCCACUUGAAAUUAAUUAAGUCUAUUUUUAUCACUUAGUACAUUUUGGAUCAGCUCUUUGGACGAAUAAGGCAUAUCCUAAUUCGCUCCACUUUUAACAUUGAUUGGCAAGCCUAAAGACCAACAAACAUGUGGUCUGCGUUGUAAAUACGUUUGUAGAUUAGUGUAGUUGUAGUGCUAGAUGUAUUUAUGUGUAGUUUUUGUUAUUAUUCUCUGUUGAUAUUGGCCACAUUAUGUAUUUCUUUUCGUUUGUCCGAACGGGUCGUCCCGAAAAUUUGACAAGCUGGUUGUUCGUGUCGUUGGUCAUUUUAGUGCUUUGUAUAUACAUAUCUCUAGAUUUUGUUUUGCAAAUUCUAUGGUCGUUAUAAUGAUCCAAUUUGCAAAUACAAGCUAUGAAGGAAUGGAAUGAUGCCUGACGUGGUUCAGACCAAUUGUAACGCCGUUCUUUACUUACUGAUUUUGACUACGGGUUAUUCGUUUACCUGAUGAUGAAAUAAUGAUAAUAAAAUUUGUAUAGCACCUUAUAUAUAACAAAUUACUCAAGUCGCUUUAUAAGGGUAAGAAGAGGAAUGCAACCAUAAAACACAAUUGAAUGCAAUAAAUGACAAUAUGGCAUAAGAUCCUAUAUAUCUGUAAAAUUAUCAAAUUAAAACACUGUAAUUAUGGUCGAUAGCCAAAAGGUGUUUGAUAAUUACAAACAGUCACAGUUUAUACAUAUUAGAAUCUAAAACACUAAUUGAUAAAAAUGAGUUUUUAGACGUUUUUGAAAAUGUUAAGACUUCUCGAUUGUAAUUAAAAGAUUCAUAUAGCGCCCAUUCAACAUUAGUUCUCUAAAGCGCAUUACAAAUGUGAGAGAAAGGAUAAUAUAAAAUCGAUGUGCACAUACAUGUGAAUAAAAUAUUCAUAUUGUCGGAAUUAAAAUGUAUAAUUAUUAUUAUUGAUAUAUAGCGCCUAAUGUAAUGAUAUGAUAACCCUAAAACGUAUAAAACAAUUUUAAACAACCGUUAGGAAUAAUUAAGUACAUAGAAAAGACAUGAGUAUAAUAAAAAAAAAAACUACAGUUCAAAUAGCAACUGACUUGACUUAUUCCUCUUGGCCCCUGAGGGGGUAUAGGGCCUCAACAAUAGUUUUCCAUCUGUCUCGGUCAUGUGCAGCUUGUUUGGUUUCUCCCCAUGACAUCUGGAUCGACCUGAGCUCUGUGUUUAAAGUUCUUCACCAUGUUGUUACUGGGCGCCCCCUUUUCUUUUUCCUUGUGGAUUCCAUUCUAAUACAUGUCUUAUGAUGUUAUUCUGUGGUCGUCUGAGGAUAUGACCAAUCCAACGCCAUUUUCUUCUUUUAAUGGUAUCUAUUAUUGGAGUUCGGCUUGUUCUUCUCCAUAAUUCCUGGUUUGAUAUUUUCUCAGGCCAUCUAAUUUUAAAUAUCUGUCUGAGGCAUUUGUUUAUAAAAACUUGGAGGUCAUGCUCUGUUUUUUAAAGUUAUUUUCCAUGUCUCAGAUCCGUAAAGAAGAACAGAUUUUACAUUGGUUUCGAAUAUUCUGAUUUUCGUUUUGAGGCUGAUGUUAUUGCUCUUCCAGAUUGGUCUCAAGGUAACAAAGGCAUGUCUUGCCUUCUCAAUUCUACUUCUGAUGUCUUCAUCUGCUCCUCCAGUUUUGCUGACUAUGCUUCCCAGAUACGUGAAGCUAUCAACAUCUUGGAUGCUGUUGCCUUCCAACAUCACAGGCGAGUCAUGUUGUGCAUUGAUUCUUAGGCACUUGGUCUUUUUGAUGUUUAAUUCAAGCCCUGUUGACCUUGCAACUGUUUGGAGUGACUCUGUUUUCAGUUGGAUAUGCUGGAACAGAUGUGAUAAUAAGCUGACGUCAUCUGCGAAGUCCAGAUCUUCUAGUUUGGAGGAUAGUGUCCAUUGAAUACCCCUGGGUGGUGUCAUGCUUGUUUUCAUUAUCCAGUCAAUGACAAAAGAGAAGAUCAGAGGGGAUAAUAGACAUCCUUGACGUACCCCUGUGCCCACGUUGAACAAUGGUGACAGUGAUGAAUUGUGAAUGACUUGGCAUUUGGUGUUGUUAUAGAGUCCUUGUAUUAUUCUAACAAUUUUUUUCUGGGAUACCAUAAUGUCUCAGAACUUUCCAUAUUGUUAUGCGGUCAAGCAUGUCGAAGGCUUUUUUGAAGUCGACAAAGUUGAUAUAGAGUGGUGAUUGCCAUUCGAGAGAUUGUUCUAUGAUGAGACGCAAUGUGACUAUUUGGUCUGUACAUGAGCUCCCACACCUGAAUCCUGCUUGUUCAUCUCUGAGGCAUCUAUCGAUGGUUUCUUUGAUUCUUUCAAGAAUUAUGCGUGUCAAGACAUUGCUAGGUAGUGAGAGUAGUUGUAUACCUCUCCAGUUUUGACAAUCACUAAGGUCUCCAUUCUUUGGCAAUUUUACUAUGAACCUUGUUCUCCAGUCCUCUGGUAUUUCCUCAGAUGUCCAGAUAGUAUUUAACAGAUCGUGGAGUAUAUUUGCUGUUGUUUCAGGGCUUGCUUUCAGUACUUCUGGUGGAAUAUAGUCUGGUCCUGGAGCUUUACCGUUUUUGAUUUUUCGAAUUGCCUUGAUAAUUUCAUCUUUAGAAAUGGCGGUUGUUUCAAUAUCAAGAACAUCACCUGGAGGAAUGUCAGGGCUAUUGGCAAUCUCAUCUCCAUUUAGAAGGCUGUUGAAGUAAUCUUUCCAUCUUUCUAGUUGUUUUUCCAGUUUCGUUAUGGUGUUUCCAUCUCUGUCUCUUAUUGGUCUUGAUGUAUUGGUCUUUCUGCCUGCCAGCUGUCUUGUAAUGUUAUAAACAGUUUUAGUGUCAUUUCUAAUCAUGGCAUUUUCAGCUUCAGUAGCUAGUUCGUUAAUAUAUUUCCUUUAGUCAAGCUUCGCAUUUCUUUUAACUUCUUUCUGCAGAUCUGAGUAUUCUUUUGGAAGCUUCUCUUUCUGGGAUCUAGUUUUUGCUUGUUCAAGUUGGAUUUUAGUUUUUCUUCUUUUCUCGAUGGCAUCGAUUGUUUCAUUUGACAACCAGGUCUUGUAUUGUCUCUUGUUGUAACCAAGCUCUUCUUCGUAAGUGGUAUUAAAAGAGUUCUUAAUUCUCUGCAAUUUCGUUUCUAAUGUACCAUCAUCUACAUCUGCAAGGGCUUGAAAACGAUUGCUGAGUUUGAUAGUAAAGUCUCUGAUGUUUUGACCAUCUUUAAGCUUCUCUAAGUUGUAUCGUCUGCUCAGCUGUCCACCUUGUUUAACUGCUCUGGAUAUUUUGAUUUUGAAAUUUGCCACCAGUAGUUCAUGAUCAGAACCAACAUCAGUACAUCUGUAGACCCUGAUAUCUUGUAAGCUCUUUCUCCAUCUCCUCGCAAAUUGUUCCACCAAUAACAAGGUCGUUUUGUGCACAAAAAUCUGCAAACAUUUCUCCAUUUUCAUUGAUGGUUCCUAUGCCUUCUUUCCCCAUGAUGGACUCUCUUCCGUUGUUGUCUUUACCCACUUUUGCGUUCAUGUCUCCCAUCAAUAUUAAAAUGUCUCUAGGUGUUACAUUUUCUAUUACACUUUGAAGUUGAUCAUAAAAUUCUUCUUUAUCGUUUUCUUCUGCUACGUUUGUCGGGGCAUAGCACUGUAUAAUGGUCACUUUCUGGAAUUUUGACAUAAAGCGAGUAACGAUGAUCCUCUCGCUAACUGGUUCCCAUUCCAUGAGUGAUGACUUUGCCUUGUUGUUGAGUAAAAUGCCAACUCCAUUGUGGUGGUGAUCAUUUUCAUUUGGUGGUCCUGAGUAUAGCAAUGUGUGGCCUGAUGUUAGCAUUACAUUUCCUGAUGUUGUCCAUCUAACUUCGUUAAGUCCCAAUAUGUCUAGAUCAUAUCUGUCCAUCUCUCUUGCCACCUGGGCUGAUCUCCCCGUUUCAUAAAGUGUACGCACAUUCCAACAUCCAAUUCGUGAGGCGGUCUUAGGCGAGAGAAGAUUCAUCGGUGUAUUUCUCCACUUCAUUCGCUCUCUCCUGGGUCGAUUCCGUAAUCUAUUUAAAGUGUUUUCUAUUGUUUCGGUUUCUGUAACUUAAGUUUGUUCUAUGAUGCACAACCUCUAUUUCCUACGAGGAGUGGAGGCUUUUAUUUCAGAGUCUCCUUCUCUUAGACUGAUUGCCAACCAAGGCUGAUGAACACAGUCUGUCCAUUUGUUGGAUGUCUGGGCGACUAAUGGGUUCCAACAACCAGGAUUUUUUGUCAGAGUUUUCCCUCUCCUAGAUGAGCUACCCUCCAAGGUUUAACGAGCCUCAUCUACCCGAAGCUACUGGUUUUAAGGCGUCAGUGACUCGCCUUCACCCCUUCUCCUUGUUAGUAAAAUCAGUUCCGCCACGGGAAGGUCAGGAGUCGGGCUUUGGUUGACAGAGGCUAUAUUUUCCGCUUGCCUAAAGGGGCAACUGAAGGUGGGUUUUUUUGUAACAGCAUUGUAAGAGCUGUAAUGUAAUAGCGUUAAGUAUGUAAAAAAAAAAUCACUAUUUAAAAGCUAAUCUAAAAAGAUUCGUUUUGAGAUCCGCUUUAAAACAAGAGAGUUAAGUACAUUGUCAGAGUUUAAAAGUAAGGGAGUUCCAGAAACUCGAUGCGACCUUAUUCAAACGUUGAUCCCCAUAUGUUUUCGUACGUGUCCGAGGUACCUGGAAAAGAUGCAGUGAUUCUGAUCUUGGUGAUCCUGUGGGAUUGUAAACUGUAAGGAUAUCCUUUAUGCAAACUGGAGAUAGUUUGUUUAGAGAUUUGAAAGUAUGAAGAACGGUCUUAUAUUGAAUUCUGUUUUCAACUGGAAGCCAUUAAAGAUCUAUUAGAACAGGAGUAAUGUGGUCGAAUUUGUUUUAGCGUGUUAUUGAUCUUGCAGCUGUGUUUUGUGCCCUCUAAAGUUUUCUGGUGUGUUGAGAACACCAUAGACCAAUGCAUUUCCGUAAUCUAAUCUGGAUGUAACUAACGAGUUUACUAGAGUUUUGCAUGCUUCAUCGUUGAUAAAUGGACGGAUACAGACAAUUCUGCGAAUGUUCACAUAUACUGAGCGGGAAAUAAAGAGACGGUGUUUUUCCAUGGUAAGGGAUUUGAGGGAUUUGUCAAAGAAUACACCUAAAUGUUUUACGAAAAAUGAAUCACUAUAAUUACAACACAGUCACAUAAUUCAAGAUAAAAACUUCUCAUAUCUGUAAGUCUGUGCUUUGGUGCGAAAACUACCUUCAUACGUAUGUCCGAUAAACAACUUUAGAGUCUUUGAAACAUAUCGGUCCAAUUGUCACCAGGUUCAACGAUGAUAUAGAUCUGGGUGCCAUCAGCGUAUAUAUGAUACGUCAUAUCAUGACGUCUGAAUACUUCCCCUAAGGGUUUUGAAAAAAGACAGUAGAGUCUCGGACCCAGGACUGAGUCUUGCUGUACACCACAUUCGAAGGGAAGCAUCGGGCAAUGAUGAACGGACGGAAACAUGUUGAUAUAUAUAACUAAGAUAGGAUUUAAUCCAUUUCAAUGCAGAUCCAGUGAUACCAAACAUGUUGUCCAAACGUUGCAAUAGGAUAUUGUGAUAUAUGCCAUCGAAAGCCGCAGAGAGGUCGAGCAUUACAAGAAUAGCGCAACUGUUAUGGUCAAGUGCACAUCGAUGUCAUGGUGUACCUUCAUUGGUGCAGUUUCUGUAGAGUGUCCCGUUCUGUACGCGGACUGAAAAAAGUCAUCUAGUUGAUGUCAUCUGGAGGGUCAUUCCAGAGAUAUGCUGCUGCCCAGCUGAGUUAAUGUCCGUAAGUUUUUGUUCUAAUCUUUGGCACCCCAGGUCGCGACUUCGAUUCUGACUGUGAUAAUCGACUUGACUUGUAUUCAUUUAAAAUACUUGCGAUGUAUGACGACGAAGAGUCGUGGAAGGAACAAUAUGUAUAAGUCAAAAUCUUGAAUUGGGGUCGGUAAUGGAUGGGAAGUCAAUGAUCACUGUUCGUUAUCUUCUCUCGGAAACUCAUAUUCGUUUCACACACACAGACACAUAUACACACACGCGCGCACGCGCAUACACACACACACACACACACACACACACACACACACACACACACACACACCAUUUGUUUCAACAUAUCAUUAGGGAAAUAAAACUUCCUAGAAUCAUCAGCCAAACCAAAUACAGGCUUAAUACUUUAGCAGUUUAGCUUGCCUUACUUGAGCUGUAGGGUAACGUGAACUCCUUUGAUUAAAAUUUAACCGUCGUCUAAUAUUAAUGUUGGUGUUGUCUAUGUGACGUUUUACUUGUUCGCUGUACUGGGAAGUGUCAGAUUCGAUCCGUGGCCGAGUGGCCAUAGCAUCUCGCUUAAAAUGUCACUACCUCUCACCUCUGUUGGCGCGGGUUCGAAUUCCGCUCGCGCCGGUAAGUGAGGAAGGUUCCCAGUUUACUUUCGGAAGGUCGGUGGUCUCUUCCCAGGUACAUUGUAUCUGGGUUCUCUCUUCCACCAAUAAAAACUGGGCGCCACCAGAUAACUGAAAAAUUGUUUUGAGUGUGGCGGAAAACAUCAAUAAAUCAAUCAAUCAACCAUUCCGGAGCCGCGUCAAACCUAAGCCGUUUAACACGGACAAAUUACUAUAACUUCGCUAAGCACUCAGGUGGAAGGGACAGUUUCUUUGGUUCUGAAACAUGUGGGUAGGGGGUAUACAUCAAAGUCAGAUUAUGACAGACUAAUUGAAAAAUCAUAUUUCCCUUUUAUUUUAAAAGUUUCAAGCUCUAUGUAGAAGGUUUUAAGAUAACUCUUUCUAUUUCUUUUUAUGGUCUACAAUUUGUCCAGUUAUUAUUAUUAGUAUCUUUAUUUAGUGUAGAUGAACGAUUAUGACCAUCGAUAUUGGACCGAGGCCCGAAGUCUAUAUUUUGUUUGUUUUACGUCCCUUUGAGAAUAUUUCGCUUAUAUUGCAACGUCACCAGUUGUAGGUGAACAAGUGUAGACCUAGACUUAGCGUUCAGGUCCAUAGGAGUGAGGGUCUUUGAUAUGCCAAUACCUGUUGCGACACUGUGCCUCCAUUUCGAAGGUCAUAUUCGAAAGAUCUGUGAUUCUCACUUGUAAAUGCUGAGCGUUUGACGAAGGAGCAAUCACUACCUAUAUUGACGUCUUAGGUUUGAAGCGGUCAUGUCACGAGCUACGAAGCGAACGCUCUACCACUAAGCUACUGCGACAGGUGUUGACAUCUAUGUAGAAGCAAGGUAACUCAGGAGGCUUAUGAACCUUUUUACUCUUGUUAUAUACUGCUGGAUUUUAAAAACAUAACACUUAUUGUAUCUAAAUAAUAAAAAAUGAUGAUAUUUUUUCAAACUUACAUGUAUUGCAAAUUUCAUACAUCAGCCUGGUAUUAGUGAGAAGGGAUUAGGCGAUUUACCAUUUACCCUUGCAAGAUAAAACGAUUAAUACGACAAAAUCGCCAAACAGUGUCCACAAAUGAUCGCCUAAGACAUCGCUGACUAUCUGUGACAACAUAAAGUCAACAGAUAACGCCACUUGUGGAAUACGUUUAUGACUGUCAAGAUCGACUACAGGGAGACAAACAAUUGGGCGCUAUGAGUGCGACUGCCUUUAAAUCAACGCCAAAUUGCACGCGGGUCUUGUUUUCUGACCAAUCAAGAUUGAACGCCAGUUAUGAGGGACGGCCUAAUACGACAUUAACAACGUGUGUAUGAACGCUACGUAGACAAUUGCGUGCUUGAACAACAUAUUUGGAAGAGGUAGCGUCAUGGUUUGAGACGCACAUUUUCGCUCCAGAUUGGUCGUUUGGCACAGAAAUAUAACUGCUCAGCUGUCUAUGGAAGACAUCCCGCAGUCUGUGGCACCAUUGAUACAGCAGCACAGACAAUGCAACAUACUGGGUUUUUUUGGCAGGACUAAGCAAGCGCACACACUGUGAAAUUGUCAUGGAAUUUUCUUCAAAGAAAUGAAAUGUCCUUGAUUGGUCCGCCAUGCCUCCAGACCUUAAUCCUAUUGAAAAUGUUGGCGAAGUGAUUGGUAGACGUGUGUGCAGCCGCCAGGCUCAGAAUGAACAAGAACUGGGAAGGGCGUUGUGAAUAUUCCUCGGUGAACUAUUCGGACCAUUCCUCAGUCAAUAGAACGUCGCCUACGCGCCGUCAUAGACGCUAAUGGUGGACAUGCUCGAUAUUAAUGAACAAAUAUAGAAUUCUACUCUUUACUUCGUUUGUAGCCUUUCAGGGAAUAGCAAUGAUGUUUUGAAUUGAUGGAUAUGAUUUAUCAAAGCUUAUAUACCAGAACAUGUUUCAAAUCAAUGAAAUAAAAAAUAAGACAAAAAUUA